GCUCUGAGCAGCCGCCAGCAGCAGCCGCAGCUCCGGCUCCUCCUUACUCGUGCUUGCCCGCCCUCCUUCCUUCCUUCCUUCCUUCCCUCCCGCACGGCAGCCGCGCUACCUCAGCGAACCGGGUGUUAGGCGGCCGCAUGCUCUAGGGCUGGCCCCACUGUUCAGUGAUCGCGGUCCCACGGAGGCUCCUUGCGCGGGGCGAUAGGUGUAAGGCAGCGACGUUGGCAGGAGCAUGGCCCGUACCAAGCAGACCGCCCGCAAGUCCACCGGGGGCAAGGCGCCCCGCAAGCAGUUGGCCACAAAAGCCGCCCGCAAGAGCGCGCCCUCCACUGGCGGGGUCAAGAAGCCUCAUCGCUACCGGCCCGGUACAGUGGCUCUCCGUGAAAUCAGGCGCUAUCAAAAGUCUACUGAGCUUUUGAUCCGCAAGCUUCCCUUCCAGCGUUUGGUGCGUGAAAUUGCUCAGGACUUCAAAACAGAUCUGCGCUUCCAGAGUGCUGCCAUUGGUGCUUUGCAGGAGGCAAGUGAAGCCUAUUUGGUUGGCCUGUUUGAAGAUACCAACCUGUGUGCUAUCCAUGCCAAACGUGUCACAAUCAUGCCAAAAGAUAUUCAACUAGCACGCCGCAUACGUGGAGAGCGUGCCUAAACUUCGCUAUGAUGGGUUUGUCAUUCUUGAAGCAAAAUCUUAUUCCUGUUAUUGGUAGUAAUGAACAUUAGAUAUUUUUUUCCAUGGGGUUAAAAGGUACCUAAGUAUAUGGUUUCAGAUGCAAAAACAGGGGACAGAACUGGGUAUUGGCAAGUUCUUUCCAUUUUCAUUUGUGUGUGGAUUUUUAAUAUAAAUGAGGGGAUGUAAAACAAUGUUGUGGUCAAAAAAUGUUUCCAUGAGCAAAUUUCAACAAUUCAACUUUAUAAAAAAAAAAGAAAUUAUAAAUAAACCUGUAAAAUUUUUCUGGACAAUGCCAGCAUUUGGAUUUUUUUAAACAAGUAAAUUUCUUAACAAUGGCAACUAAAUGGUGUUUGUAGCAUUUUUAUCAUACAGUAAAUUCCAUCCAUUCACUAUACUUUUCUAACUAAGUUGUCCUACAUACAAAUACAUGUUUUUAAUGUUGUCUGUCUUCCGUGCUGUUCCUGUAAGUUUGCUAUUAAAAUACAUUAAAUGAU